AUGCUGCAGAAGCUCGAGUCUCUCUGUCCGACGAAACCGUAUGACGAAUGGAUAGAACACACUCAGAUUGAGCAAGACUUGUCUGAUCGCGCUUCAACGCAUUUCACAUGUUCCAUGUGUCUGGAAGAUGUAAAUGGGACAGAUCUAAUGCACGUGUUGUCCUGUCGGCACGUGUAUCACGCACACUGCCUGGAGCAGUGGUUCCUUGGGCGUCACUUUUUGUGUCCUCUAUGUAACCGAGCCUUCUUCGAGCAGAAUGAGCCAGGGCCAGAUAACGUCUAG